GCGCACUCGCACAAUCAGAGGCAUUUUGCAGGCGAAGUUGAGCGCUGCUGUGGAAGCGCGCCGCCGCGGCCCCUGUUGUGCUGGGAGUGACAGCCCUAUCGGAGGGAGAAUGAACGCCUUCAGUAAGUGCUAGGAUGGAUGAGGAGGCUUUGGUGUCAGGUCGGCUUGGAUUGACAGCGUGCUGUUGUGCCUCCGCGAUGGUGGCACCUUUGCGCACUUCGAUCCGGAGAAGGAACAGCAGCGGCAGAGAAGCGGAACACCUGCGCUGAGACCUGCGUAUUUCAGGUUCUUGUCAUGGAGAGACAAAGCAAAGUCAGAGAUGAAGCAAAGGAGGAGAAGCGCAAAGACAAGAAGGCGAAACCUGGAAAGCUCUUUCGGAAGAAAUCGCUCAAGUCCGUGGGCAGCCUGAUGAACAGAAUCAUCAAAAGUUUGGGCACUUUCACGCACUUUGGAGACACUGACACGCAGGACGCGGAGGACGACGAUGGGGGGUUUCGAAAUGGCGCACCUUGCACCCUUAGCGCCAGCUCAGGGAUAAUCAAAAACGAUUCUCAGGGGGCCAAAAAGCCCCCGAGCACGUCUUCUUCUCUGUGCACCGGCAGAGAAAAACUACUCUACCAAUACGGAGACAAAGUCCCGGGCGUGCUGGGGCUGAAAAACCACGGGAACACCUGCUUCAUGAACGCGGUGGUCCAGUGUCUGAGCAACACCGACCUGCUGGCGGAGUAUUUGGGGUUGGAGCGGUACAAGAUGGACCUGAGUCAAAGCAGGAUAAACGGAGUGGUGAGGAGCGGGGAGCCCAGGCGCGUCAGUGGAGAGGUGACGGAGCAGCUGGCCUCCCUGGUGAGGGCGCUGUGGACGCUGGAGUACACCCCGCAGCAGUCUGUGGACUUCAAGACAGUUGUGUCCAAAUACGGAUCCCAGUUUCGUGGGAAUUCUCAGCAUGACGCCCUGGAAUUCCUUUUGUGGCUGCUGGAUCGAGUCCAUGAAGACGUCAUCCUGGCACCUCACAAUAACAACAACAAGGUCAAAGCUCCUGAGAAGGGUCCCGGUGGUGCUGAUGAGGACCCUGAUCCGAACCAGUGUCAGCAGCUCAGGGUCCAGCACAGCUUUGUCCAGGAACAUUUCCAGGCCCAGUAUAAAUCAUCCCUGACCUGCCCCCACUGCCUGAAACAGAGCAACACCUUUGACCCAUUCCUCUGCAUCUCUCUACCUAUCCCUCUCCGCCAGACCAGGCCGCUGUGUGUGACGCUGGUGUUCAGCAGCAAAGGCCAGAGGUAUCUGCGGGUGGGACUGGCUGUGCCUCUGUUCGGCUCUGUGGCCUGCCUCAGGAGGAUGGUUGCUGAGGAGGGGAAACUCUCCCUGGACCAGGUGAUCCUGACAGAGGUUUACUCCACAGGAUUUCAACGCUCCUUCUUUGAUGAAGAUGAUCUGACGAGCAUCGCAGAGAACGAUGUCAUCUACGCCUUCCAGGCUCCGCCGCUCUACAUCAGAGGCGGCUCUGCCCGGAUCUCAGGGUACCAUCACAGCCUGCCAUCAUCGCCCUACUUUACUGGUCCAGAAGGUCAAAGGUUACCUCCAUCUGGAACGUUGUCGUCAGAGUUCCUUAAUCAGGGAGUUGCCGUCAAGAUUCUGCUGUUGGUGUGCAACGCUGCAGGAGCCGGCCAACAGACUACAAGGUUUGGACCUCCUUUUUUAAUGAGAGAGGACCAGUCUAUUUCCUGGGAACAGCUGCAGCAAAGCAUCCUCAGCAAGCUGUAUUACCUGAUGAUUAAUGGAGCUCAGGCGCAGAACGCCAGGGUGCUUUUCAACAUCCGUGUGGUGGGAGGAGCCGCCUUUUACAGCUACCUGUCCCCCCAGGAUGCCCGGCCGCUCUACCACCCCGCUGUGGAGAGGGCCCUGAAGCUCUGUGGUUCUGGUGGACCGCCUCAUGUGAAGCUGAUUAUCGAGUGGGAGCACAGAAUCAAAGACUGCCUGUUUGGUAACAUCCAUGAGGAAGUGGUGAAGGAUGCAGAGAGCGUGAGGAAUCUGCAGCAGCACCACGUCCAGCAGCACAGCUGCACUUUGGACGAGUGCUUCCAGCUCUACACCAAAGAGGAACAGCUUGCCCCAGACGAUGCCUGGAAAUGCCCCCACUGCAAGCAGCUGCAGCAGGGCAUGGUGAAGAUGAGUCUGUGGACUCUGCCGGACAUCCUCAUCCUCCACCUGAAGCGCUUCAGACAGGUGGGCGAGCGCAGGAACAAGCUCACCACCUUUGUGCACUUUCCUCUUGCGGGUCUGGACAUGACGCCACACAUGGUGCACCGCAACAACGGCCCCCAGGAGCCCCUUCUGCAGCCCGGAUGGAACCAGUCCAGAAGGCCAGACCUGACUCCCCCCGACUUCUUGUAUGAUCUGUAUGCCGUCUGCAACCACCAUGGAGGGAUGCACGGCGGCCAUUACACAGCCUUCUGCCGUAACUCUGUGGACGGUCAGUGGUACAGCUAUGAUGACAGCAGCGCCGAGCCGGUUCCAGAGGCCGAGGUGUGCACCAGAGGAGCUUACAUCCUCUUCUACCAAAAAAGAAACACCAUCCCUCCCUGGUCUGCAAGCUCCUCCAUUACUGGAUCCACCAGCUCGUCCAUCUCUGACCACUGGCUGGUGCGACUGACGGAGGGCAGCAAGAGGGGCAGCAUGGGGUCAGCAGACCCCAGUCCAGUUCUUUUGGAUCCCAAACAGGCUGCAGAGUCUCCUGAGUUACCAGUGUUUAGAGAUGAAGCCCCCAGAGCUGUAGAAACAAGUUCUUUUGGAGCAACCCGUUUUAUUCGAGGAACCCAGGGCAGGAGUUUAAGCAUGAGAUCACCAACUACGCCUAAAGAAACCCUGAACAAAGUUCUCCCACUGCGGUGGUCCUUUGGGUCCAAAGACCGCAUCAAGAACUCAGCCCAAACCCAGUCGGAGGAGCUGGUGGAGUACCUGGAGUCCGGCCGCAGACCGAGAUGCACCAAAGACCCCAUCAUAACACUGGUGGCCACGCCGCCGCUGAGAAACGCCCAUGGAAGGGUCCUUCAAGUGGGGCAGGAAUGCAGCAGCCCGAGCGGCAGCAGCCUGAGCGGCACAGACAGACUCAGUGCCGAUAUUUGUUACUCCCCUAAAAUCCCGGAAGGAAAAAGCAGAACCUGCGUGGACAGACUCCUCAGCCUCAGAGGAGCCGACGGAGGUCAGAGUGCAUCCAGAGAGGACGACUCUCUGAGGCAGGGACCGCUGAAGAGACUGAGACCAGAGCAGGGCAGGCUGCUGGACUUCCAGCUCCACAAAGGGGCCAUUCUGGGAGGUCAGAUGAGCUAUAGUGCUCCUCCAAGCAGAGACUCCACACUGAGAAGAACCAAGGUCCAAACAGGUGGGCCCCCCAGGGGCCAAAAAGACUCAUUACAGGCUGGACUGCAGCCUGAGGACAGGAAGGAUCAAGGAGGAGAGGAGGGUUCGAGUCAAGACAACCUCCUUUCAUAUUUGAAGCCUGUUUUCAUGAAGAAAGACGUUCCUCGGUCUCCGGUCAAGCUGCAGGACGGGCGAAUGAACGGACACCUGGGGAACCUGGCGAGCAGCAACUCAGCCAAACUCUCCCUGUCCAAUGGGACGCUGACCGCAGCGGCGCUGGAGGACAAGAGGGGCGGCGGCAUCCACAGCUGCGACAGCCAUCUCAGCAGAGCACCGCUGCUGAACGGGAAGGCCGGGAGUCUGGACCCUGUGGACAUCCAGCGAGCUCACAGCUCCAGCAGCAUCCACAACAAGCUGGACUUGACUUUCCGCAGGUGUGCCUCCCUGCAGAGGAACGGGGAGGUGGCGGCCCCACCGGCGCACCGCCUUCUGCUGUCAGACAAGCCGGGCUCCUCCCCCCUGCAGGGAACACGGUACAGCACCACCUCGCUGGGUAGGCACAGACUGGUCCCUGAGGCCUGCUCCUGAGAGCCCAGGGCACAGCUCUUCUGUUUGAAGGGAGGCGUGUAAGCACAAACGGCAAAUGACUAAAGUUUCAGUUAAAUAGCAGUCAACGCAGCCUUACCUGUCAGUUCUUCACACCUGGAUGUUUGUCAUAGUGUGAUUUGUCACAGCCUAUCACACAACUCAUUGUGGCUUUUUUUCUGUCGUAAGUGCCUAUGUGACAGUCCAGAAUGAGCGCUGAACACUAGGACCUCCCCACUCACGGCUUCCAGAGAUUCACCCACGUCUCCCAACAGGAGGCGCCGCCGCUUGACACCUCCUUCUCGCUCCUCCUUCUCGCUCCUCUCCAUCCUAGGUUCUGUGUCUUAAACUCAAACUAUGCAGAGAUUCCAGCAAGAGAAUGAGGGAAAACACGGGGCAGCGAUUUGUUUUGUUGUUGACAGUUCUUCACGUGUCUCAGUCAGAUGAUCGUUGAUGUGGUAUGUUUUACUAAAACAGGAGGAUGUAUUUCGGAGAAGUAACUGGUUUUGGGUUCUAGACUGUUUUUAUUUUGAACCCAGAGGUCCGAACACUGUGGCCUGUCUGCUGUAAGAACAUCGAUCUGCUGCAUUUUAAAUCUGGUUCUCUUCAUGCAGUUUUAUUGAUGAAUGAUUUUAAAAGCUUCAUUUUGAGCUGUUAGUUAAGGAUAAUAUUUGAGACCAUAUUUGAGUUGUUUUGGUUUUUAUUUAGUUCUUCAUUUUUUCGAUAUGUAACAUUAUUUUAAGUUAGAAUUUUUUGUUUGUUUUGUUGUCAGUUGUUUUAUUUACUGGGCUGGCAUGAAGUAGAAGUUUGAAUUUUCUUCUUCUUUUUCUAUGCAAAGUUCUUUUUUUUGUUGUUCUUUUUCUUUAUUUUAAAACCUUUAUUAUGUUAUAUUAUGUUUUGGGGUCUUAUAUGAAGUUACAUUAACAUACGCUUGAGUGAGAUUUUUUAUUUUUGUUUCAUGCUAAGCUUUAGCUUUAUUUAUAGAGCACUUUUCCUGCUACAGAACACCUCAAAGUACUUUAAGUAAACAAUAAAAAUAGUAGUAAAAAAUAGUGAUCGUAAUUUUUAAAAGAAAAGUCUGUAAAAUUAAAAUGCGUACAAGAGGAAGUAUAAAAAAAAACUUAAAAGCUAAGCUAAAAAGAUAAUUUUUAAGUUUUGAUAUGCUGUGCUACAUUAAAAGCACUUUUAACAUCUUUCAUUACAUAACACAAGAUAAUUGUUAUUUUUUAUUUUUUUAUGUUUUGUUUGACACUCUUGUAGUUAGCUGAACAGCUGGUUUUGGGAAAACGCAGGAAGGGAAGGAUAAAAAGUUACACACAAACGUUUUCUCUUAACGUGGUGAAAAAAAAAAGCAAUAAGGUUUGUUAAAAACACCAGCAAACAAAAAGAUGGCGGAGAAUAAAACUCAAACACAGCUUUCAAACAAAGUCCACUUUUAAUAUUUUUAUUGGUUUCUGUUUUCAACAAUCUGGCUCAGAUCUUUAACGUCAAAUGAACAGAAAAUGACAGAGCAUGCGUCGUUUUUUUGGGCAAAAAUGUAUCAUUAUCAACCUCAGCAAAGAUUUGAUCAAUACUGAUUUAUUUAUCAAUAAAAAAAUAAUGUAUUCCUGACAAAUACAAUUACGAUUCAACUGCUAAUACUGACACCAAAACUGUAUUUUAAAGCUAACAACUUCUUCUGGUCGCUUCAGUUCAUCUCUGUAGUGAAGCUGAUGGAUGACGCUAAUGAGGAAACCCAGUUUGACGGAGGAAGACCUCAGCAGAAGAAAGAUGACCAUCUGCUCGGAGAGGAGGGAGGGAAAAAAAUACAACUAGGUCAGGAUUCCUGCUGCUGUGGGGGGAACAUGGAAAAUAAAUUUGAUACAAACUAAGGAACAUGGACAGGGUUGACCUUCACCAAACAUCAGCAUGUCCAAAGUAAAGGGCUUCACUUGAUGGUAUUUUUAGACAGACUCCAACCUUCCCAAAUAACUCUUAUUUCUAAGCAUGUUUUUGUGACACUUUACUGAAGAGUUUAAUGCAAAGACACCCCACAGCCUCCAAGAGUUUCUUUUUUUUAAGCAUUGCACAGUUGGAUGCGGGAGCGGUUUGACACAUAAUGUUACAUCGUAGAGGAGGAUCGUAGAAAGAUCAACAUAUUUUUUGCAUGAUUCAUUCUAAUCAUGAAGCUUCCAUUGGAAAAAAAACAUGUGAAACUUUUUUUUAAGGUUUUCCUACCAGUUUGAUUAUUUCAAAUUUGUUUUUCACAGAAAUCUAUGCAUUUUGCAUUUCAAAUUGUUGUUAAUCUCCACUAGUUUUGCUUUUUGUGUAAUGGUUCAGAUUUGAUCUGCACCAUUGUUACUUCUCAAUUAACCUACAUUUUUUCAUUGUUUAUGAAGGAUGACUGAGACAUUUAUUAGAAAAUUAUGCUACUUAUAUUUUAGUUACUCCGGUAAAAGUCUACAUUUUCUACUCAAUGUGUAAGUAUGUAAUUUAAAGAUUAAAACCAAAUGUUUUGGUGUGUCGGGUCAGAGUUUUUCAAGAGCUAACGAGGAUUUCUUGAUUAAACUAAAGUUUCUGCAUUGGCCUGUGUGUAACACACAUUUAGUGUACUGGAAGUUUGAAAGACUGCAAAUUAAACACAGCUUUUCUCACAAAAAA